ACGUCUGUGAGCCUGUCCGCCUUGGGGCCCGCAGAAGUGCGCACCCCGCACGUUGACGGGAUCCAGCCGGCAGCCUGAGAUCAGCCGGUUGCGGAGAGAGAAUCGUGCUGACGGUGAGAGAGAAUGAAUGCUCCCCUGGCCCCAGAAGACUUGUAUCUUCAAGUGUUUCCUAUCAGAAGGCAUAUGGUAUCAAUUUGCCACAAUCCGGGUUUGGUUCACUUUUUGACUACUUGGUUAAGAUGAAUAUUCACCAUUGUUAGAAUCAUCACUCUGCAGCUAGCUUGGACACCACUAAAAAGGCACAUCAUCUGCAAACGGAUAGAAUUUGUGAAGACAUAGUUUCAGGGCUGUCACCUGGAGCUACAUCCUCCAGAAGCCCCUGCUUGGCCUCCCUGCACCCAACCAGCCACAACUUGGGUUGUGCAUGGUGUUCCUUGGAAACUGCAGCACAGAUUCCUCCAGCAGCUCCACAGACUCUUUGUCUUCAAUAAGCAGAAGAUCAUGCAGCUGGCUACUGAAGAUGUCCAAGUGAUAAAUCAUCUCUUUGGCCUUAUUUAAUAUGUUAGCCAUAAAACAAUAACUGAAUGCUGGAUGUUAUUCAUUCAUGCUUAUCACUGUCACAGAUUUUGGAGGGAUUUGUCAGACCCCACUUUACUAAGAGCCAUCUAAGGGUCUCAAAAGGAGACUGCUGAUAGAGAGAGGUGACUUGCUUAAGGGCUCAAUUUUCACAAGUCUCACCUGGACACCUCAAGAGAGGAGGAGCUCAAUAUCUCUUUACCUCCCUGUAACCCACAUACCAACUAGAAAACUCUGCUAUUUUGGUAGGAACUAUCUAGGUGUGUGGACUACUCAGCAUUUCUAUUUUUUCUUGAGUCAAUUUUGGUAAGCUAACUUUUCUAGGAAUUAGUACAUUUUAUUUGUUUUCAUAUUUAUUGGCAUAAGAUUUCCUUAUAAUUUUAUUAUAUUAUUUAUUUUUUCUGUAUAACUUUAUUUUCUGCUAUAUCUAAUCUGCAGUUAUGUCUCCUUUUUCAUUAUUGAUAUUGGUUAUUUGUGCUUUCUCCCUUUUUUUCUUGAUCAAUUUCACCAGAAGUUUGUCUAUUUUAUUAGUCUUUUCUAAGAAUCAACUUUUGGCUUUGCUGCUCCUCUCUAUUGUGUCUUUGUUUUCUAUUUCAUUAAUUUCUGCUCUUAUCUUUUUUGAUCUUCUUCCUUCCACAUUCUUUGGGUUUAUUCUUUUGUUCUUUUUCUAACUUCUUAAAUUAAACAUUAAGCUCGUUAAUUUUCAGCCUGUCUUGUUUUCCAAUUUGUGCACUUAAGUACAUAAAUUUCCCUCUAUAAAUAUUGCUUUUCUACAAAUUUAGAUAUACAGUGAUACCAUGGUUGUCAAACUCCAUUCAUUCCAAGUUCAUGUGCGAACACCAAGGUCAAGAACUGAACAUAUUUUCCCCUAAGAAAUAAUGGAAACCAAAUAAUUGGUUCAGAGACCCCCAAAUUACACUUAUAAAUUCAUUUUUCCGGCACUUAAAAUCACUAUGGAUUGCCUUACAUAUCACUGUCUCCGGUACACUAUCAACAUCAAGUUGUUUCUGAUUAACUGUAACUUUUCAACCUUUUCAGUGGUCUGGGUUCUUAAUUUCUGAGUUAACGAUUUCACACCUACAUUAGCCGCUUUAACCACCCCACCCCCCCAAUCUUGAUAAUGUCUACUUAGCAAUGUUGUACUCAGCUGCCAAAUCAGACAACCUGAUUCAAAUUUCACAAUUUCUUUCUUUCUUUACCUCUAUUGUGGUUCUCACAGUUUUCCUCUUAGCUUUACUGCUGGUAUCACUAACUUUCUUUAGAGCAAUGGUUACAAAAUUUGGCACAAAUGAAACACACAGAAAAGCAGUGUCGAAUGUUUUCGUGCACGAAGACAAGCAGUCGAUGUUGUCUGAGUUAGAAUGGAACUUAGACUGAGGCGUCACUCCUUUGGGUUCUCGGUGAGACUUGACUCCGUCAGCUGGUACAGAUUUUUUCAAGUCAGGUUUUUGGUUCUACUAUUGAGUAAAGUUUUGAACACGGAGCAGAUUUUUUUUUGAACUUUGCUGUUCGAGUAGUGGAAAGUUCCAGCUUGAAGCCAUUCAACAACUGAGGUAUCACUGUAUAGUAUUUUCAUUAUUACUCAUUUUAAAGUCUUUUGAUAUUUCUAUAACCUGUGAUUUAUUGUAGAAAUGUGUUUUUCAGUUUUCAACUGCUUGGAGACUUUAAAAUUUAUCUAUUUGUUAUUGAAAUCUAUCUUAAUUGGAUUAUGAUUAGAGGGUGUGGUCUGUGUACCAAUUCUUUAAAAUUUAUUCAGACUUGUUUUAGCUUUAGUAAGUGAUAAAUUUAAAAAUGUUUCCUAUGUGCCUUAUAAGAAUGUGUAUUUUUAAUUGUUAAAUAUGGAAAUCUACAUGUUUAUCAAAUUUGUUAAUUGUAUUCAACUUUUCUCUGUCUAUACUAAUUUGUUUGUUGUGAUAUACUAAUGAUUGAAAGAGAUUGUUAAUAUUCAACUGUAAUUGUGGAUUUAUCAAAUUUUCCUUGUAGGUAUAUCCCUUUUGCUUUAUAUACUUUGAAAUUAUUUUAUUGACCCUCUCUAACCUGAUAACACAUUUCUCCAUGAAGUGUUUUAUAUUACUAUAAUGGUACAGGUUUUUUUGUUAUUAUUUGUGUGAUAUAUAAUUUUCCAUCCUUUACUUUUUAAUAUUCUCAUACCUUCAUACUUUGUGUUUGUAUGGAUAAACUUUUUAAAAGUCCCAUACUUUUAUAAUUUCUAUUCUCCCCUCUAAGCUUUAUUUUUUGCCUUUUUAAUUUUGAAAUGUGUUUUC